UCCGGAAAUAACGAGGGGUUCCCCGAGGGUCUCCCCUGGUAAAGGCACGGCCGCGUGGGGUGCAGGGGGGGAGUCACACAGUCAGGGGAGCGCUGGUUCCUGGCUGUGUCGAGUCUCUGGUCCUCGCUCGGUACUCUGAAGGGAGCGUCGCAUUGGCCCUCACCUUCUCCCGUGUGUUAGGGAGGCAGAACUGGCCGAGACUGUUUCUUCUCAUCACUCUGCAGCGCACCCUGCUGGCCAGCCUCUCCGAGGGGACUCCUGCAGGGCUGGCUUUGUCCUCCAGAGGGCAGUAGCUCGCUGCCCUCCGCUCCUGGGUGUGGAAGAGGGAGCUGGCUGGGUCGUGGGGUCGGAGGACUCCCACUGAACCAUCGGGGCUCCUGAGAGCUGUUCACCCCUGUGGAGAGAAAUCACACAAAUAUAUCAUCUAGCUCUGUGUUUAACAGGAGGGACGAGCUGAAUCUCAGACAUCCCGAAAGAGAAAUUUGCCUGAAGAAUGUGAUGCUAGCACAAACAGGCUGGUAAAACUGCAAUGUCAGAAUCUGAGGAUGAUGAAGACCUCUCCAUCUUCUCUCCUAAAACUCUCCCGGUUUCUUUCGGACGUGCUCAAGGAACCCUUCACAAGGAACGCUUCGCUAGUGGGACCUGUGGGAAGUGUAUUCGCACCCCCGAGAGCUGGCUGACUCCCCACGACUUCACCGGCAUGGACGGGACGGUCGCUGACAGGUCUUGGAGGAAAAACAUCACCUGCAAGGGAAAGCCGCUGACCUACCUCUUAAAGAAAAAAAUUCUAGUGAUUCAUUCUCUUCUCUGCAAAUGCCAUAACUGCAAGGAUGAGACUUGCUGGCAAAACAAUGACGAUGACUGUAAGGUCUGCUCCCACGGAGGGAGUCUCGUCUGCUGUGACCGCUGCCCCCUCGCCUUCCACGCAGACUGCCACGUUCCCACGGCAGAGGAUCCAGCCUCCAGCGGUGUGUGGUUCUGCACCUUCUGUAAAAUAAAGGAGGUUCAGAAGACGCCCAGACUCCGCUCGCUGAAGCAGGUGGACGUUCUGGCUCAGGAGAUCAGAACUUGGCUGCUGGAGUGCCAGUAUCUCUUGCUCAGUCUCUACAGCUCCAAGGACAGUCGGAUCUUCUGUCCCAAUCCGUGCCACACGGUGAGUAGAAGCAGGUACAUCCUGUCCCGUCCCCGGUCGUGGGGACCCCCUCGUCUGCUGGCUUUCGUUCCAACUGAGCCCUCAGUUACUUAACUAGACCCUUACCUGAACUAGGAAUUUGCUUAAUUAGCUCUCUGUCCUUUACAAUGCUUCCCUAUGCUUUACCAGACCUCUCUGUGCUUUACAAUGCUUCCCUAUGCUUUACCAG